AUGCAAAGUAUCACUGCCGAUCGUGACAUCGGCUCCAGCCAAGACUUUGGAAAUCGCGUGCAAAGUCUCUUUGAGCCGCGAUGCAAUACAUCAACAACCCGUGCCACAACAUUCAAAUCAACGCGUGAAACACUGUUUCCACAAACCAGACCCUCUCUGCAGCUCUCUGGGCAGGCAGCAAAUGAGCUCAAGGCUCAUGUGAUCCUGCCUAGCGAGGAGGAUGCCUUCCAACUCCUCGACACAAUCAUGCUUUACUUCUACGAACCUCAACACCUCUUCGACGCACGCGACGUCUCUGACCGUAUCUCAUCAUUCUUUGAGAGCGGCAAUCCCCAGCUGCAAGACAGCAACAUCUGGACGCUGCAGAUAUUUCUCAUCUUCGCACUUGGCAAGUUACUGAGGGGUGACACGAGCUCUGAUGAUCAGCUGCCCGGCUUGCACUACUUCAGCUACGUCGAACGAGUUCUCCCACCCCUCACUGAGCUUCGCAAGCAUGGCUUGGCUGCCAUCGAGGUACUGGCUUUGAUGGUUGUUUACCUUCAAAAUGCCGAUCGCAAAGAGGAUGCUGCUAUUUAUGUCAGCCUCCCAACCUCAUCAAUGUCGGACAUUGACUAA